ACACAAUCUACUCUACUCUUUUGAGGACCUUACCCUCUGCGUUUCUCGUGCAACUAUUCAGACCGUUGUCCUAUCUAUUUUGGACUUGGAGGUGCGGGCACCGGAGAUGGGGUCUGUGCGCGGUUAAUGCAAAUGGGAGACGGAGUUGUGCAGCCGUCAUCACGUGCGGGGUACUAGCCGAUAUCUUCCGGUUGAGGGAUAAUGGGGUUAGGGUUGGAUGAACAAGAGGUUCACAUCAUCAUCGCACUUUCCCUCCAAACACUCGAUCACCCUUCUUGAGAGAAAACUCUUUCAUAUCUUGAAAACGAGGGGAAUUGAGGUUUGGGAGUCAGUCCUGUCAACCACAACAUUAACAGCACAAUAUGUUGCCCGAUUUGUGUUGCGGCGCAGCAAAACACCAUGGCCGAUUGCUACCACAUGAGAUGAGUUAUGAUAGGUCGACUCCGGUCAACGAUUGGGUCGAAAUGCUGGAGAAAAGCCUCAUAUUUGGCAAGGCUCAAACGCUCUGUAUACCCCAACCUCACUCAAUACUUCAAACAGCAGUCGCCCAAGACCUUCGACCUCUCUUGCCAGAUACGAUUCACCACGCACCAUUCUACCAGUCAAGGCAGUCCGUCACAUAUGUCUUCACCAACGAACCUCGAAAAUACCACCAGAGAGAUGUUAACUAUGACCUGAUCCCGCUGCGAAUCAAGUUGCCUGAAAUCCGGCUCCUCGAGUUGUUCCCGGCCCCCAACUUCACCGACGACCUUUGGUGUCGAUUAUACACCGCCCUCAUUGAAGAGCCUCCACAAUACGCUGGAGACGGUCUUCCUUGCUCCAAGUGUUCUGUCCAAGAUCCCCUCUGGUAUAUCAACCUUCAGCGCAGGUACGGCCGCGACGCUUGCCAGGGCUGUGGUCUGACGAAGGAUAACGGGAGGACAUUUGAAAUUCCAUCGUACCAUGCUCUGUCAUACGCCUGGGGCGAUUGUACCAAAUCCCACAAAAUCUUUACCAUCAAGCCAACGGCUGGGGAUCACCAGCAUGGUAUCAGCCCAGCCAGUCGAUCAACAGAUGGCGAUGGUUCUGCCAAUGGCGGGCACGGAAGCCUCAUCAUUCCCAUAACGGCUUCUCUGGAUAGCUGUCUGCGGCAACUUCGGAGUUCUUGCGGAUCAGCGUCCCUCACGAUUUGGAUCGAUCAGAUAUGCAUCGACCAAUCGAAUGACCGAGAGAAAUCAGCCCAGGUCGAGCUCAUGCGCAAAAUCUAUUCUUUGGCGCAACGAGUUAUCAUUUGGCUUGGUCCCACCGCUGAAGGCUCAGACGAUGUCAUGGAUGCACAUGCACACGUCGCGCAAAUCUUUUGGAAAUACCAUCGGACAAUCCCGAUGGGAAAUCAACCAGCCCUGGCAAACCUCGAUAGAUUCGUUGCAACUGACGAAACCUGGUCGUUGCCCGAUUUCCAGGAUACAAUAAACGAAGUGGUGAUGAUAUAUGCCCCCCUCAUCCAAGACCACAAAUUACAGAAAUGGCUCAGUAGAGAUUGGUUUUCGCGCAUCUGGGUCAUACAGGAGUUGUCUUUGUCUAGAGAUGCAGUCUUUGUGUGCGGAGAAAAGUCAUUGGAUGCUGUCGAUACUUUUGUCUCGUCACGUUUGUUCGAGGAAGUCUUGUGGCGCCGGGUGCACGAGAACCCAACAUACGAGCUCAAGUUACCCCAGACUUUGACUCACAUUCUAGGCUUUUUUGCAAAGGAUUACUUGAGGCAGCUCUACUACGAAUUCUCUGCCAUUUUGACAAAGACGGCCAUGGUCUUGACGCAAAUAGCAAGAGCUGUCAUUGAAAAGGAACAUGACCACCUCGAAGUCCUUAGUUUGGCCCAGUUUCCCAAGCAGGGAGUCACGGAAAUGGAGGAUGGUGUGGAUGAGCAGUUCCCACUACCUUCAUGGGUACCCGACUGGUAUAACGGUUUACGACGGCCAUAUAGGGCUUACCAUGGACGGGUAUUACGUUCUUUCUCAGCAAGUUUGAAUACAUCAGUUCGUGUUGUACCUACUGUUCUUCAGAGCACCCUAGGACUCCGAGGUUACUUGGUCGACACAAUCGAGGAGGUGGGGAGUUACAUACAGAACCGAGAUUCAUCAGCGGCUAUCACGCUUGAUAAAUACGACAAAGUGGCGAAAUUGUACGGCCUGCUGUGCUCGAUAAAAUACUUUUGGCAUCGGUCUGCAGAGAAGGGACAUGGCAUUUACAGACAUGCCCCAAGACAGAAUGAAGCCCUUUGGCGUGUGCCCAUCGGUGACCUAUGGCGGUGGUCCGAGAGGGAGGAGGGUCAGCCUGUGUCGAUUAGACCUCCUUCAGAACCGGGUGCACAUAUAUUCGAGCAGGCUCUGGAGUAUUGUCGAAAUUGGACGUCAAUCGGACACCAACGGAUACAGCACACGAUACCCGAUGUCAAAUUCACACCAAUUCUAUCACAGGCGGAGGAAGAGGUCGUCCAACGAGCUGAGGACAGAAAAGGGGUGUUGUUCAAAUAUCUAUGUCACCUAAAUCUCAUGUUUGAACUGCGUCCCUACCUUACCAAAAAGGGCUACAUGGGCUUGGCCCCAUCUUAUACGCAGCCAGGCGAUGUUUUGGUCAUCUUUUCCGGUGGGUCAGUACCGUAUGUGAUCAGGCCAGUCACCGCUGACACGGAUCGAUACCGGUUCAAACCGGACGCUGAGAGUCAGGUCAAGUCAGAUGACCAGAGCCGUGUCGGCUCGGCCACUGAGGCCAAGCAGGCUGUGGAGGAUUGCCAUGAUCCCAACUUUAAACUCCCCGAGUCCUCUCUCUACACAAAAGAGCAGAUCCAGGCCAUGUAUGAAAAACACAAACUUCACCUAUCAAGUCGUCCACAACGAAAACCCGUCGUAUUGCCGACAAGGCCGGACGAAAACGACAGCAUCUACACUUUUGUCGGCGAGGCGUUUUGCGACGGCAUUAUGGACGGCGAAUUCAUGGAACGGGCAGGAGAUAUCGAGGACUUCUUUCUUGUUUGA